GCGAGGAAGAACCUUGUGGCCAUUUUGCAAACAGUUGUACACGAACGUAGGAAGAAACGAGAGGCAAAUGAAGGGAUGUCCAAGAAAGACAUGCUUGAUGCUCUCCUAGACACUACAGACGAGAAAGGAAGAAAACUAGAUGAUGAGGAAAUAAUCGAUACAUUAGUCAUGUACCUAAACGCGGGCCAUGAAUCUUCGGGACACAUCACAAUGUGGUCAACCAUUCUUCUCCAAGCACAUCCCGAAUUUUUCCACAUAGCAAAGGAAGAACAAGAGAGGAUUGUUAAGAAUAUGCCACCAACACAAGAGGGUUUGACCUUGAAAGAGUAUAGGCAAAUGGAGUAUCUCUCGAAGGUGAUUGAUGAAACGCUUCGUUUAGUGACAUUUUCGCUCAUGACGUUCCGUGAAGCUAAAAAAGAUGUCGAUAUCAAAGGUUACUUCAUUCCUAAAGGAUGGAAAGUGUUGCUCUGGUUUAGGAGUGUUCACCAUAAUCCUGAACUUUAUCCCCAACCUAAAGAGUUUAAUCCUUCAAGAUGGGAUGAUCUUGUACCAAAGCCAGGAACUUUUCUUCCAUUUGGAGCAGGAAGUAGGCUUUGCCCUGGAAAUGACCUUGCCAAGCUAGAGAUUGCCAUCUUCCUCCACCAUUUUCUACUAAAUUAUGAGUUUGAAAGGGAAAAUCCAGAAUGUCCAAUUAUGUAUUUACCUCAUUCAAGGCCUAAAGAUAAUUGCGUGGGAAGAGUUAGAAGGGUUUCCAAAUGAAAGAGGGUAGAUUUGGAAAUUAAAUAAAGUUUAAACAAAGUUAUAUCUUUUCUUUUGACUCAUAUAUUACAUUUCUCAGUGUGAUUUAGUAUAAGUUAAAAUAUUUCCAUAGUGUUGUCUUUUUAACCUUUUGUCUCUCGUGGUGUAUAUUUUUCCAUCG